UAUAAGCAUUCGUAUUGGACAAACUUUUAUUUUGAUAAUGUCGGAUGUUAAAACUGUCAGGAUAGGUUGUGAGCACUAUGCCCGCAAGUGUGUGUUUGUGGCACCAUGCUGUAAGAAAUUUUACAAAUGCCGUGUGUGCCAUGACGAAAAUGAGACUCAUGUGAUUGAUCGCAAGGCAGUGGAGCACAUCAAGUGUAGCAUGUGUGAUCUGGUGCAAAAUGUGCAAAAUAUCUGUGAGGGCUGCAAUGUGGUGUUUGGGAAAUAUUUCUGUGAGAAGUGUCGGCUAUACGAUGAUGAGGACAAGGGUCAAUUCCACUGCGAUGGAUGUGGACUGUGCAGGAUUGGAGGAAGAUCCAAUUUCUUCCACUGUGAAAAGUGUGGCAUAUGCUUGUCAAACAGUCUGAAAGGGAAACACAAGUGCAUUGAAGAGAGCUCCCGCCGUAAUUGUGCAGUGUGUCUUGAAGACCUGCACUCAUCAAGAAGUGAUGCACACAUCCCACCUUGUGGUCACUUGAUACACAGGGCUUGUAUGGAGCAAUGUAUACAGACUGGCAACUAUUACUGCCCGACAUGUGCUGAAAGCCUGUUUGACAUGAAGCAGGCGUGGAAGAUACUGGAUCAGGAGGUGGCCAAUACCCCCAUGCCUGAUGAGUACAAGGAUUACCAUGUAACAAUACUCUGCAGGGACUGUCAUCAGGAGAAUAAGGUUCUGUUUCACGUGAUAGGAUUGAAAUGCCCGAAAUGUGGCUCCUACAACACAUGUCGCUCAGGUGAACGAUACGAGACUACCAAUGUCACACCACAGAUACAGCGUCAGAUGUCUGAUGUAGUUCAGGAACAGUGGUCAGAAGAAGCUCAUGGUCAAGGGUCAGAUGGGGCCCAGGGUACUAGGUCAGAUGUGGUCUAGGAUCAGGGAGGGCAGGAAUUGGAGUUGCUGAGGUCGUUGGUUGAUUCCUCAACAGGGGCUGUCUCAACAUCAUCAUGUUUUAGUUUUAAUAACAGUCAGGCAGGGGUCAUCUCAAGGUCAUCAGUGAUAGAGAUUGGGAAAGAUGAAGUGUUGGGUAAAA